UCUUGUUCGAAUAAAGGAGCAUUUGCAUUGCCCCUUCUUCAUCAUGAUCACAAUUAUACGUAUUUUACUUAACAAACUUGUUGUACAUCAUCAUCAGGAUGGACCUAAUUUAUUCCUUUUCACCCUUGUUUCUUCUAUCCACCCUGAUCAUCCUGCUAUCUAUUUUUUGUGAGGAUGUUAGUCUUCUGUAUGGGUUUAGAUCAAAACAGUGGAUUGGAUAGCUUACAAAACAGUAGCUUAGUAGAGGUUUCCUCCUCCUCUUCCUGUAGCUGUAUGGAUUUAGAUCAAGAAGAUGAUCGUGGUCAUUUUCAUCGGCAAUCAAUAUCAAACAUGAGACUAAUAGCUCAAAGCUAGCAGGAGCGCUCCUCCCUGUGAUGGUUUGGUUGAAGCUCGAGCAUCUGACUCGAUAAAGAAGAAUCAGUCAAACUACACCUCCACACGCACGACCGAUCGGGGCCUACUUCGUUCUCCCGCAUCAAAAAUGGGAAACUCCGCCACCGCGGGAGUUUUUGUUGAGCUGGAGGAGUAUUCGGUCCAUCCGGGGAGUGUCUUGCGCGGCCGCGUCCACGUGAAUGUGGACAACCGCAUGACCCAGCUGAAGUCCCUCAGUCUGAAACUCACCGGCUACGAGCAAACCAACUGGCGCACCGUGGAAAAGAAAUUUCAGAAAAAAAUGGUCAACGGUAGAGUGGUCCCGCCAAGAAGGGUAAACGGAGCCGACGUAUGCAUUGCAAAUAAUGAUAAAGCAUGUAGUUCUAGUUGGGUUCUCCUGCUCUGGAUGAAAGAUGCAAUCUCUUAUAUCAAUCUGUCUGACGUGAUGUUGGCCUUGACGAGCAGCAAAAGUUGCUCGUCUUUGUUCUUCUUGCCAGCUCUUCGAGACCACGAGUGUUGAUGAGUUCCUUAUGCUCAUGCAGAAUAUGCAGAUACACUGAAGAGUUUGAAGAUCCUUUCGUAAAACCUGAACCUAAACCUAUGCAGUGUUGCUAGCAAGUUUAAGAUGAUGUGUAUGCCGUGUACAAUAUCAGAUGACUUUUAUGUGCUGACACAAAAACUGACACCUGAUCCUGACGAGGAACUGGAACAGCUGCUGCUGCAUUUUUGUGCCAGAGGACCCAGAUGAAGAAGACAUACAUAUUUGCAGUGCAUACCCCGUUUACGACUACGAGGAGGUGGAGGAAAUCAAGCUUCACUUCGGGCGCCACGAUUUUUUCAAGAUGACGCGGCCCAUUUCAGGCGGGGCCCUGCUGGGGUACGGUCAGUACUCGUUCCCCUUCGAGAUUUACCUGCCCGACAACCUGCCGGGGUCCUGCAGCGUGGGGCGCAACCCGAAGCUCGACCUUCCGAAAUACAACGAGAGGUACUUCUUUGGGCAGUGCCGGUACAAAAUAAAAGCCUUCCUGGAAUACGUAAAAAACCCGGAGGACCGAGGGAUUUUCUCUGCCAAGGAAAAACUCGUGAAGUGCUCGCAGGAGUUCCAGAUCGUGAACCGGUGUCCCCCCGCGCGGGCGUGCAUGAAGAACAUGUCCACGGAGAUCAAGGUGUGUGGCUGUUGCUGUAGCAAAGGGGUCUGCCACGUGGGUGUGCAGAUGGGCCAGGACGCUUUCCGGAUCGGCGACCAGGUCGGGGUUUUAGCCAUGUUCGACAACAGAAAAACGACCGCAGACCUGGAACAACUCCAACUAACUCUGAAGCGGGUGGUGCGCCUGCGCUCGUCGAACACAAACCAGUUGUACGAAGACAAACGAGUCAUUUGCCAGGUAUUUUAAUUUUUGCUGACUGAUAGAGGUACGUCGCUCUUGUUCAAUAAAGUAGAAAUCUUUUUGGUGGAUCACGUUGGUUGCUACUUCACGACCACCUUGAGGGUGGCGCCAGCAUGAUACCAUCGGUCCAAAUUUUGGACCGAUGGAGUGGCGAGCAGCUGCAAAAUAUAGCAAGGUUCGAACGAACAAGAUAAUUUGGUUUAGUAUUAGUCAUACAAGUUCUUGAAAAGUAUGUUUAAUAUUGCUACCCCCACCCCCUGUGAUGUGUGGAGAUCAUCGUCGAUCUCCGUGUAGUUGAUGUUUUCGUUUCGCUUUUUCUUUCUAUCGUGCCAGAACAAUAAAUAUCAUGACGUCGGUGUUUUUCCAGGUCGUCAAGCCGGGGUGCCGUGCCGGGGUGGCCAAGAAGGAAACGUUCUUCAUGCAGCUGCCCGGAACGGGGACGGGAAAGCCCAGUUACGACUACAACCAGCCUCGUACGGACCUCACCGUGCCUAACAAUAACGAAGAUAAGCAUGACUCUAUUUUUAUAAGUAAUCAUAAUGAGUAUUUUUUCAUGAGCAUCAACAUUCAGUGCAUUCGUUUUUAUUUCUUCGAGUUUUCUACGAGUUCUUGGAGUUUGUUUAUUUCUAUUAAUCGCUUGAUCGCUUAGUACUUUGUUUCUGGUGAUUUCGACGAGCCUGAAAAACAAAAAGAUCCUGAUAGGACGCUGCAACGAAAGGGCAAAGAAUCAGAUGCGACCCACGACUAGUUAUGUGUAUUUUAUUUGAGUUUGUUUUAUCAUGAAAAAAAUCGCGAUAGAUGAAAAAAUUGCGAUGGAUGUCAGCGGAGACGGAAAUCUGCAGGCUGCCACGGAACGACACCGGG